AUGGAUCAGUCAGACAACGCAGAAGUAUUAGAUUUAGACCAGUGGCCCAGCGCAAAGGCUUUCGUCGCCCGCUGCGCCGAGUUCCUCGCCGAAGUAAAAGAUCUAACACCCGGAAAAGAUCUAGAAGCCCGGCUGAAUGCGUCCUAUGGCCCGGGAACCCCGCACUACGAGGCCUUUGUUGCCGCCAUCCGCGCCGGCCUCCAGGAAGGAUGGGUGGCCCAGACGCCCAUCUCAGGCCCAGACUACCGCCGCGGCAAGAUAUGCCUGCCGUCAGCAGAGACACGCUUCUUUAGUAUCACCACUGUCUAUAUGAACAGUCAGGAUGUCUUUCGGGGCCAGUAUCACGCGCAUCCGUACGGCGAGAUCAACUGCGUAGUGCAAAUCGACGACUCGGCAGAGCUCAUGGGCAUGCAAGGUUGGCAAGGCGCUGGGUGGACGUCGCCUGGCCCUGGUACGCAUCAUUAUCCAGAGGUUAGAGGCGGCGCGCUUGUUGCGCUCUUCUUUCUACCAGCAGGUCGUAUUGCCUACACGGCGACGCCCGAUAUGCCACAGCCUGUAAGUCUAUGA